AUGACCCAACAAGCACGUAUUGAUAAUGAAAAACGAAACUUAUUAAGUGAUUUAAUUAAUGCUACACGUGAAGUUACGUCAAAAUAUAAUGGCUGUAAGCAAUUAGUGACAGAGGAAUUUACGGACAUACAAAAUUUAUUGAGUUUAUGGGAGCGAGUCUUAUCUCACGGACUUAAAACAUCAAUUUUUAAUAAUGUCCAAGAGCUAUUUAAUAGUUCGAGUAAUGGAAGCAUGUUUUGGACAUUCGCUUAUCAGCAUUUGACAAAUGAUGAGCAAAAAAGAUUUUCAAGUUUUAAAAAUCUGUGGACGGACAGAGGAAAAACAAAGGCACUGAUACGAAAUGCAUUCAAUGAGAAAUGUUUUGAACGUUAUAUACUCACGUGGAUUAAUGUUGAGAAUAUUCACGACUAUUACGAAAGUCAUGCAUUGCUUAGAGACGAAAAAUCAGCAAUUCUUCCAAAAUUAGCUACUGACAUUAGCAAUAUAUUGUUCGCAAUAAAAAUUGAUGUUCCAGAAUUGAAUGUACAGACAGUAAAAACAAACUUCCCAAAAGAUGAGCCAGUUAUUGAACCAAUGCCUACUACAAGUAGUAAAGUAAUUAAAUCAAACUGUAAAGUGAGGAGUAUUGAUAAUUUUGAGGAGACUGUUAAGCACGCAGAAUCUUCAAAGUCAUCAAAUGACUUACUUGAAUCGAAAUAUCUUCCAAAAAUGUCUGAUCCUCCUCCAAUCAUGUUACCAGAACAGCAUCAAGUUACCGAACCAUUAUCAACGACAUUCGACAGGAUCUCAAUAUCAACAGAGUCAUCGUCAAUGUCACAUUCUAAUUUUUAUGAUGUUAAAAAUGAAAGUGAUACAGUCUCACAUUCCAGCAUAUCGUCAAACGAAGAAGUCAAUGUGAUUAAUAAGUUUGAAGAUGAACAGCCACUGCAGCAACAAAUCAACUCGAAAACACAAAUUGAAAAUGAAUUGUUAAUGCAAAAGCAACGUGAAAGAAUCUCAGAGCUAGAACAGCAAGUCCUUGACCUCACACUUGAAAAUACGAGAUUAAGAAAUUUGUUAAACGCGAAUAAAGUCAAUACACUGGCUAAUUUUCAAAUUGCUAUUCCACGUGCUGUUUUGAAUAAAUCAAAAACGAAGAAUUUUUAUAUUUACGAAUUAAAUUUAAAAUCGACAUCUGGAUUGGAAAGUUGGACAAUCUUUAAGAGAUAUCGUGACUUUUACAAGCUCCAUAAAGACCUCAAGAAACAUCAUCUUCAAAUUAAAGUUCUCGAUUUCCCACCAAAAAAGAAAAUUGGCAAUAUGGAUUUCGACUUUGUCGAGGACAGAAGACAGCGAUUGCAAGUUUACAUAAGACAUGUCCUUCAAAAUUUACCAGACCUAGCAAAAUGUGAAAAUCGACAGUUGUUGGAAGCGAAAUGUCCAUUUUUCAAACCCCAGUAG